GCUCUAUUUGUGCGUCGUCUGCUAAAGCAUGUUUAUUAAAGAUCACAAGAAGACAAUUAUGAUUUAUUUUCUUUAUUUGUUGAAUUAAUUAUUCACCGGUUGAUUUAUUGAAGAGGACACGUUAAUUAGAUAUAAAACAGUAAUUAAACGUUAUAAAGAGAAAGGUGAAUUAAUUUAUAAAAAAAAAAAUUAAAUAGAGCGCAAUGGCAACUUCAGAGGUAGCUAAUUUUUUCCAAGAUAAAAACGUGUUCAUUACUGGUGGUACCGGCUUCCUUGGAAUUUGUGUUAUCGAGAAAUUACUACGAUGCUGUCCGGAUGUUAAUAAUAUUUACGUUCUAAUUCGUCCAAAAAAAGGGAAAGAAAUUCAAGAUAGACUAGAAGAAUUGACGAAAAAUUCCGUAUUCGAGAAAAUUAGGAAAGAAAAUAAAGAGGAUCUUUUUAAAAAAUUAAUCGCUGUCGCCGGUGAUGUUGGUGAGGAGAAUUUGGCCCUUUCUGCUAAUGAUAGAUUGACAUUAGUGGAACAUGUCAAUAUUGUUAUUCAUUGUGCAGCAUCAUUGGACUUUGAAGCCGAUUUAAAGAGUACUGUCAAUAUUAAUUUAUUAGGUACUCGACGUGUUGUACUCAUCUCUCAAGAAAUUCGUGAUCUUAAGGUGUUGGUUCAUAUUUCAAGUGCAUAUGUCAAUUCAGUACUUCAUGACGUUCAGGAGAAACUUUAUCCUCCUCCAACCGAAGUAAAAGAAUUUUUGAAAAUGGUCGAAAGAACGGAUGAACAAAUUUUGAAGGAAGAAACAAGAAAUAUUAUUAAAGAUCAUCCCAAUCCGUACACUUUCACGAAACAUUUAGCUGAACAUGAAAUUGCAAAUUCAAAUCUUCCCGUUACGAUCAUACGUCCCUCAAUGAUUACUGCAGCGUGGAAUGAACCCAUGCCAGGAUGGACAAUUUCAAAGAAUGGACCGCAAGGAUUUUUGAUGGGAGCAAGCAGAGGAGUCGUGAGACGUUUACCAAUUGCACAAGAGCUCAUUUACGACUACAUUCCUGUUGAUAUUGUCGUAAAUACUAUUCUUGUUGGUGCCUACAGUGUUGGCCGAGAAAAGAGUAAAGAAUUGAAAAUUUAUCAUUGCACAUCGAGCACAUGCAAUCCAUUUAAAUGGGAAAUGGUAUCUCCGAAAAUUGAUGAAUUUCUACACAAAUAUCCACUUCGCGGCGCAGUUUGGUAUCCAACAUUGAAAUUUUUGCCAUCACUCUUUUGGUUCAGAAUUUCCGCCUUUUUUUUGCAUAUGAUUCCAGCUUAUAUUUUAGACACUGUGACAAAAGUGUCCGGCGGUAGACCAAUUUUAGUUCGUCUACACACGAAUGUAAAUAAAUCACUUGAUCUUUUGGAAAAGUUUAUCUUCACUGAAUGGAAGUUUGACAAUUCACGUACUCUUGAAUUGCACGAAUCUCUUUCAAAUGAGGACAAAAGUCUUUUUACAAUGGACAUAAGACCAUUAAAUUGGGAAUAUUAUUUUCUGGAUUUAGUUCAAGGUGUUAGACACUAUCUCUCCAAGGAGAAUCCCAAAAAUUUGGAAAAGGCUCGAUCAAAGGAUAAAAUGUUGAUGGUGAUUCACUUAAUUCUGCAAGCAGCUUUAUUAGCACUUGUUUGGUGGAUUACCAAAUCUGUUCUUGGAUCAACUUGGACGAAAACUGGUUUAAUAGUGCCUUUGAUCUAUGUUCUCUUUAAUCAGCUCUAAUUUUUUUUUUUUUUACAGUUUAUUAAUCACAAAAGUGGCAUUAACGAAAAUCGUGAAAUUUGAUGAAAAGAAGGUUUUUUAAAAUACUUUCGAUUAUCAAUUUAUAAUAUACGUUUGGGGUGCUAAUACGUUAACGUUAUAAAAAGAAGUAUUCCUCUUAAAAAGGAAUAGAUUAAAGAAUUAAAAUUUAAUAAUUAUUCCAAGAAAUUGACAAAAAAGAUUUUCUUUUUGCUUUUUCUCUACUUAUUUUUAAAUUUCUUAUUUGUUAAAGAAACCUUACAUUAAAGGUACGAGCAAUUACUUUAUAUAUGUUAUAAAGGUGACGGUAAUCGAUUUUCUUUAGUAAUGCACAAAUAAUAUCCAUUAAUGUUUUUUUUCAGAGAUUUAAGAUUGAAAACAGAUUCUCUUACAUAGUAUUUGACUUGCAUUUAUUUUGUCAAUAAGUUUAAUUUUAUUGCAUAAACAUUCCAAUAUUUAAAAAAAAAAAAUUCUCAAAAUUAUUCUGAUAAAUAGUAAACAUAAAGCACCAAGUAUAAUAUAUUUUAAGAACUAUAACUAAAAAAAUGUCAUCAUUGAUAGUUAAAGUAUAUUUAUUCGUGAAAUAGUUUAAAGCUUUAAUGAUUGUUUAUUUAAUUUCUACGUUUGCCAUUAGUGUGUCUGAGUGUGGGUUGUUGGUGUAAUUUACACAUUGAAAUAAUAAAGUAGCUUGUACUUUUUCAUACAA